UCAAUUCAGUCUGUCUUCUGCUAACAGCAGGGGCCAGCGCUAAGGGGCGAGGCUUGGGUGCUUGGUUGGUGGUUGGAAAACGUAUUUAAUUCUGUAAGAGAAGUGAUAACAUCAGCAGCAGCACCAUGGAUCCCGAAGCAUUCCUAGACUUAGCAAAUCAAGUCGUGAAACUGAAAAUGUUCCCGUAUUUUGAUAUAGCACACUCCGUGCUGUGUGCACUUCACGUCAGAGAAGACUUGGGACCAGGUGCACAUGCCUUUUCACGGAAACAUCCAAUGUCUUGCUGGCUGUCAACUAUGCUUGUAGUAUUUGCUGGCGGAAUGCUCUGUAAUGGUCUUCUAGGAGAGCCCAUCCUCGCCCCUCUAAAAAACACUCCUCAAGUUGUUGUGGCCACAGUUGUUUGGUACAUUGUAUUCUACACACCUUUUGAUAUUGGGUACAAAGCAGUCAAGUUCUUGCCUGUGAAGCUAAUCUGUGCAGCUAUGAAGGAAAUUUAUAGGUGUAAAAAAGUACAUGAUGGGGUCACACAUGCUGCCAAACUGUACCCAAAUGCGUAUAUCAUAAUGAUCCUUAUUGGGACAUUGAAAGGAAAUGGAGCAGGAUUUACAAAACUCUUUGAACGCCUCAUUAGAGGAGUGUGGACACCAACAGCUAUGGAAUUCAUGCAACCAAGUUUCCCAACAAAAGCAUGCAUAGUGGCAUCAGUCAUCUUUGUAUUGGACAAAAAGACAGACAUAAUUUCAGCUCCACAUGCACUUGUUUACUUUGGAAUUGUAAUCUUCUUUGUUUACUUUAAGCUUUCAUCAGUGCUGCUUGGUAUACAUGAUCCAUUUGUACCAUUCGAAAAUUUGUUCUGUGCGCUGUUCCUUGGUGGAAUAUGGGAUUCGCUUGCCAGAAUCCUUGGCCGAGGUGGGAACAAAGAUGAAAAGGCUGAUUCAAAGAAGAAGGAUUAAGACAACACAUGUAAUGCAGGAAACACACCAGGGGAUGACUCUAAUGAUGCCAAUGCUGCUGCCAAUGCAACUGCCGAUGCUGCUCCUGAGACAAUUGAUUACAAUUAUGUUGAUGCAGCUGAUGAGGAUACAGAGUGAAGUGAAUAUUUCUCUCAAAGAACCAAAUAAUGGAACUAGUCAACUUUGUUUGAUAAGUGCACCUAUGCCUGUGUUGUGAUUUGACUGUUGUGAUGUUUGCUUUUUGAACACAGUUCCAAGAGUGUGAUUCCUGUUUGUUUGUGUGAUGAUAACUAUGAUGCCAUUUUUCACCAUACUCUUUGAUAUUUAUAUGAAGAAUUUUGUAUACACCAUUUUACUGCAUGAUCAUUAUUCAUUUACAUAAACUAGUCAUAUGUGCUAUAAGAUAUAUGUAAGUCUUGCCUAAAUCAAUAAGCGUACACCAACUGACAAGAUUCGAUGACCUGUUAACCAUCAGUUCUAGCCAUGUUUCUGAACCAAGUGGGUGCAGUUUAGAGACACGGAACUGAUGGCAAAAUUUUUUGGUGAUAAUGUUAUUGAAUUAAAUGAAAUAUAUAUUUUAAGACUAUUUUACCUGUACUGUUACAAAAAAAUAUGGUUCAUGUUUAAAUAUCUAUCAGACAGUUAUUACAAGAGAUUCUUGUAAAUAUUUGACACGUAUACAAUGAGAAAACCUCACAAACUCCAUUUUUCUUAAAAAAAUAUAUAAAUAAAGGCACUGUACAACUAGAA